GCUAUUUUUUCCCGUCUCUGCCUGUGUGAUAGGGGAACUCGCUGACUUUAUAAUGAGUUAAUAUGUUGCAAUGACUGAAACCGUGUGCACAUAAGCAUAUAGUUACUAGGGUCAAUGUUCGCUGUCAUCAGUGAAUCGGCACGGGAUUAACAGCGUCUGGAAGACAUGAAAAAAUGAUCGUGUCACUCAGUUUGCAGUUGGCUUGUCGGCUGGUUAGAGGCUCUCGUUGCAUGUAUUCACAAUUGGCUAUGGCGAAACCAUGCAUAUUAGCCACCAGGUUGGGUGUACCAGGAGGAAUAUACCAGUGUUAUGCACCUUGCAUUGAGAAGCACUUCACCAUAAUCCCCACGGAGGAAUUUGCUCAGAACAGAAACAAGCUCGCUGGCAACAUUCAAGCAGUGUUUGUGUGGGGUGGUGCCCUGAAAGUGGACCACGCUCUCUUACAAUCACUGCCCAAUCUUAAAGUGGUAGUGAAUGGUGGGGUAGGUGUUGACCAUUUGGACAUACCAUUGAUCAACAGCUUUGGGGUUAAAGUUUGCAAUACCCCUGACGUUGUUGACAAUGCCACCGCAGAUAUUGGCAUGGGGCUGAUGCUGGCAUCUGCAAGAAAAAUUAUGGAAGGACAUAAUUUUUCAGUCUCCCAUGACACAGAGGAUUUGCCAGAAAGUUCCAUGGGCACAGAUGUUAGUGGUGCCACCCUGGGAAUCAUAGGAAUGGGUCGGAUUGGGUUAAAGGUGGCCAAAAGAGCGGCUGCAUUUGAUAUGAAAAUCCUGUAUCACAACAGAAACCGGAGGUUGGAGGAAGAGGAGCAGGCAGUGGGGGCCACAUACUGUGCCAAGAUCGAGGACCUCCUGAGGAGCUCAGACUUCGUCAUGGUGGUGGUGAAUCUGUCCCCUCAGACCCAAAAGCUGAUCGGAGCAAAAGAAUUGGCCGUCAUGAAACCUACUGCCACCCUGAUCAACAUAAGCCGAGGAUUGGUUGUUGACCAGGAUGCCCUUGUGGAUGCUCUUCAGAGAAAAACUAUAGCUGCUGCUGCUCUUGAUGUCACGUAUCCAGAACCACUACCCAGAGGUCACCCACUGCUCUCCUUCCCAAAUGUGCUUGUGCUGCCCCACAUGGGUACUCACACCAGAGAGACGUCAGGGGUGAUGGUGGAGAGGAUGGUUACCAACGCUCUAGCAGCCAUCGGCGGUGGCACACCUCCAGAUGAAGUGAAAGUGUAGUGGACUUCAAGCUGUUGGUUAAAUAGAGGAUGGAAUUAUGUGUGCGUGUACAUUGCGACUACAUUGGGAGCCAUCUGUCAGAUACAUUAAUAUUCCUUUAAAUCAUGGUUCUCACAGUAGAUUUAUCUUUUUGUAGUCUUGAUUUAUCUUAUUGUAGCCUUCUUUUAAGAGAGUUGGAAGUGAUGAUGUAUGAUUUCAGUUCCAACAAUUUUACAAUGAAGUGUGUCAUUAUUCUCAUUCUAUUGAAAAAAUUACAAUACGUGCCUUCUGUGGAAAAUAGUACUAAUAUAUUCGUAUUACAAGUUAAACUGUUUCAUAAUGCUUAAAUCACAUUUUACAAUAAAAAUCCGAAUGAAAAUA